AUGGGCAAGGAAUCGCCGAGGAGGCUGCUCAUCGCCAAUCGUGGGGAGAUUGCUAACCGCAUAUUGAAAGCGGCUAGGCGUUUGGAUUUUCAUAUCGUUUCGAUAUACACGUCGACGGACGUAUCCAGCCCGCACGUCACCGAGGCCGACGUCUCUCUUCCGGUAUCGUCUUACACUGACAUCGAGGAGAUAGUCGGCCUGAUCAAGCAGAACCGCGUCCAGUACGUGAUCCCAGGAUAUGGAUUCCUAUCGGAGAAUCAAGAGUUUGCCGUGGCCAUCCGGGAUGCUGGGGCUGUCUUUGUCGGCCCCGAGCCAGAGCACAUCUCGACGUUCGGCAUCCAAGGUCGCGCGCGAGAUCUCGCUGCGAGCAUAGGAGCCAUGCUCAAGGCCACUGCCGGAGGUGGCGGAAUGGGCUUCCACAUUUGCGAAAAUGAGUCCGAGCUGCGUUCAUCGUUUGCCAGUGUAGCCAGGAUUGGAAAAGAGCUCUUUGAGGCUUCAGAGCUGCUGGGCCGCGCCAUCAAAUAUCAGUCGGCAGGGACGCUUGAGUACCUUGUCGAUGACACAACUGCCAGCUUCUUCUGCCUGGAGAUGAACUCUCGACUCCAGGUCGAACAUGGCAUCACCGAAAUGCGGUUCGGUAUUGACUUGGUCGAGCUGUUGCUCCAACAAGCCGAGAGUCCAAUGAAACUCGACCCUCUCAAGAAGAUCAUCCCGACAGAUUUCGCCAUUGAAGCCCGCGUGUACGCCGAAGACCCCCUCAAAAACCAUAUGCCGAGUCCAGGCCAGCUGCAGCAACUCGAAUUUGGUGGCGGCCCGGGGGUCCGGGUCGGCACCUGGGUACGGACGGGAACGAUCAUGUCUCUUGCCUACGAUCCGCUCUUGGCAAAGGUGAUGGCACACGGCCGCACCAGGGCCGUUGCCAUCUCCGCCCUUACCCAGACCUUGGCUGUUACCAAGCUGCAGGGCAUUGUCACCAACGCCGACUUGUUGCGCAAGAUUCUCGAGUCCUCUGCGUUCUCUCAGGGACGGACAACGACCAACUUCUUGAAGAGCUUCGAAUACACACCUUGCGUCAUGGAGAUUGUUUCCCCAGGCAGCUACACCACAAUCCACGACUUUCCAGGACGGCGUGGCGUCGGCUUCGGAAAUGAUCCCAGCUGCGAGCUGCUCGAGAUUACCUACUCGGGACCCAAAAUCAAGUUCCAUCAGAAAGCCAUCGUGGCGAUGGCGGGCGCCGUGGCCGAUGCUCAAAUCGACGAAUCUCCUGUUCCCAUGUACACGCGUCUUGAUGUGCCAGCUGGCGCCCUGUUGUCGGUGGGUGCUCUGUCCGGCGGUUGCCGCACCCAUCUCGCCGUCCGAGGCGGCUUCCCCGGCAUACCCCUGUACCUCAAUGCCAAGUCCACGAAUCCCGUGGUGGAAAUUGGCGGACUUCAGGGGCGUCAGCUGGUAGCCGGAGACAUCCUGGAGAUGAACAAGGCCGGCAUGUUCGAGGCCUUUGAGCUUCAGGCGCCUCGAAUUCCAGUCUGGGAUUCAAACAUCGUUUGCUGUCUGUCUGGCCCCCACGAUUCUCCUGAUAUCAUGACUCCAGAAGACGUAGAAUCCAUUUACUCGAGCGAAUGGACCGUGUCGCACCAGGCAUCGCGUAUUGGUGUCCGCCUUCAUGGAUCACAGCCAUAUUGGGCGAGACAGACGGGUGGCGAAGGCGGCUCUCACCCCAGCAACUACCUCGACUAUCCUUAUCCCAUUGGAGCUCUGAACUGGACUGGAGACUCGUGCGUCAUCUUCUCCGCGGACGCCCCGUCGUUGGGCGGGUUCACCACCUCCCAUUUGAUCCCACGGGCCGAGCUAUUCAAGGUGGGCCAGAUGAAGCCGGGCGACAAGUUUCUCUUUACGCCGAUGACGAUACAGUCUGCCACGGAGCUUGGAAGACGCCUGAAGGAAUUUAUCGAGGCUAUCUCCAGCCUUGCACUUGGAAACUCUGAACCCGUCGAGCCGCUGCCCCUGUCGCCUCCAUCAGGCUUGGGGUUGAAGACUGGGUCAACAGCCAUCAUCUGCCGGCUCGGAGAUGUGACAAUGCGGCAGGCUGGAGACUCAUAUAUAUCGGUGGAGUUCUUGCAAUCGUUGCAGCUUGAAGUCCGUUGCAGGGUGCAGGCUGUGGGCGAGGCAAUCGACCGGGCUGGCAUCCGCGAUGUUUGCCUCAUAACGCCCAUAGGAUGCAGCUUGUUGGUCGAAUACGAUUGUUUUCCCAUCCCACAGAGCGGCCUGGUCGACAUCAUCAAACGCGUCCUGGUUGACGAACGAGGCUCCGGAUCAGGGGCCAAGAAGCUAUCAAGCCGUCACAUUCGGCUGCCCAUGGUCUUUGACGAUGAAGUCAACAAGAUAUGCGUGGAGCGGUACAUGGCGACGCAGCGCCCAUACGCAGCAUACCUUCCCGAUCCGGUAGAGUUCAUUGCUCGCUCCAACGGCCUCGACUCGAAGCAGGAAAUUCUCGAGCAAGUGCUGAGCACGAGGAUUCUCGUCGUGGGUGUCGGGUUUUGGAGCGGGACGCCAAUUGGAAUUCCCUUGGAUCCGCGAGCGCGGCUGAUGGUGCCAAAAUCCAGCCCGUCGAGGACCGUUUCGCCCGCCGGCGGCCUCGGCAUUGGCGGGUGCUUCUUCUGCUGCGACCCAGUCGACUCUCCCGGCGGCUACGUUAAUAUCGGUCGCACGCUUCCGGGCUGGGACAAGUUCUGCGUCAACAAGGACGUCGGCGACCGGCCAUGGCUCUUUGACAACUUUGACCAGUUGAGCUUCUACACGGUCGACGAGGACGAGUUUGAGCACAUCCACAGCCGCUGCCAGGCCGGCAAGUACGAGUUAUCCACGACCCAGACCGAGUUCGACGUCGGCGAGUAUUCCGAGUUUUGCGAGAGCGUCGCUGAGGAGGCGGCGGCUUUCGAGGCAAGACAACAGGCCGCCACGGCCAUUGAAGUCGGCAAGUGCGUUGCGGCGUCUGCCAGUCGGGGCCGACGAUGGCAGGCGGAGCAAAAAGUCGAAGAAAAGGAUGCGUUGCCUCCCUUGGACGACGUCGACGAGACGCUGGAGAUUCAGACGAGCAUGCACGCCAGCGUGUACAAGAUCCACGUCCAAAAUGGAGACGCCAUCGAGGCGGGCGACGUCCUGUUCACCCUGGAAGCCAUGAAGAUGGAGGUCAACGUCGCGGCAUCGACGGCCCAGGCCGGCCUCGCCAUCGAGAGCAUCGUCGUCGCGCCCGGCGAUGUCGUCAAGCCUGGAGAAACGCUCAUGGUGCUGUCACGGCCUCGGGUUACGGCAUCGUCUUGA